UACAGUGUAGGGAGGGCUGCAUGGCGAGCUGGAAGACAUAACAAAAGCCUCACAUUUCAACCAACAGGCGCUGGUCGCUUUUUAUUUUUUGUAACCCAAAUCAAAUUUGAUUAGUUUUUCUUAUCGAUUUCCGUUCAAAGCCAACGGUUUUGCAUCAUGCCGAGCAGCACGUCUUUGCUGGAGGCCGACGAGGGAGAGUCCGAGGUCCCGCCGCCACUAGUGCACGCUUUCGCCGGUAUGGGCCUUGAGGAGCACCACGGCACCCAGACAUCCGAACAAGUAGACGAGAGCCUCACGUAUCACCACCACCUCCACCAGCUGCCCCCGGUUCCUCAUUUCAACCUCGGUACUGUCCUCGACUUAAAGCCCCUGCAUCGACCGCCCUCGGGAGACGAAGUAAACACCAUCACGACAGUGCCCGAGGACGGAGAACAUGAAGUUAUAACCGCCGCCGACUCCUCGUUUCUGGCGCAGGCCCACCGCCACCAGCACCUCCAGUCCGGGCCGUGUGCCUCCGGGAUGGAGGCGCCGCACAUCGAAACCGUCCUGUUGUACAGCGGAGACGAGCGGGACGACACGGGGCCGGCUGGGAGCAUGGUGAUGCUGCCGCCCGGCGUGUACGGGGAGUCGGGCUACGAGGCCGAGUCUGCGCUGUUGGCUCGGCGAAAGAGCGUCAACACGACCGAGUGCGUGGCCGUGCCGAGCUCGGAACACGUCGCGGAGAUCGUGGGCAGGCAGGGCUGUAAGAUCAAGGCGCUCCGAGCCAAGACCAACACCUACAUCAAGACACCGGUGAGAGGGGAGCAGCCUGUCUUUGUUGUGACGGGGCGCAAGGAAGAUGUGGCCAUGGCUAAGAGGGAGAUCCUGUCUGCAGCCGAGCACUUCUCCCUCAUCAGAGCCUCUCGAAACAAGACGGGCACCCAGACGACUGCGACCGGUCCAGGGACCCCCUCCUUACCCGGACAGACGACCAUUCAGGUGCGAGUGCCGUACCGUGUCGUAGGGCUGGUUGUGGGUCCCAAAGGAGCAACCAUCAAACGCAUUCAGCAACAGACCCACACCUACAUUGUGACGCCGAGUCGCGACAAAGAGCCGGUGUUCGAGGUCACCGGGAUGCCGGAGAACGUGGACCGCGCGAGGGACGAGAUCGAAGCGCACAUCGCCCUCCGCACGGGGACCUGCGGCGGCAUCGAGGCGCCCGGCGUCGACAACAAUGACUUUCAGUUCAACGGGACGGACGUCAGCUUUGAACAUUCUGCAGCGCAGGCUGGGUUGGGGGACGCCGGGUGGCUUCAGGCAGGUGCAGCCUCCCCCGGCGGCGAUGGCGGCGACGGUGAUGGCGGCGGCGGUGAUGGCGGCGGCGCCGGCUUGCUGCCAACGAGCGUCAACGGUACUCAGCGAAUAAAUAGCAAUAUGAACAGUGGUGUCAGGAUGUCUUCCACCUACCGCAACGACAGCUCCAGUUCCCUCGGCAGCGGCUCCAGCUCAGCGGAUUCCGUCUACGGCAGCAGUAACGGGAACCGGGCCGCAGAUCUGAGCCCGACCUGUCAGUUUAAUGCAAACGCCAAUAACAACAACAACAACAGUAAUGGCGCCGGUACGAGUUUCUGGUUCGGCGACAGCCUUCUCCCCGCUGGGCCCGACGAGCCGGUCAACCAGGGGGGUGGAGGCCCGUCCUCAGGAUUUGACCCGUUGACCAUCUCCACUGCCCAAGCCUCGCCGCCUGCUGCACAGCCACAGAUCUGGAGCCCCUAUGUGGACCAACAGCCCCCCCAGACCGUUAAAGCUCGUCAAUCUCAGACCAGUCAGCCCGGGACGCCCCGGCUCUCUCCGACCUUCUCUGGGACGGACGCCUUGGAGCACCCUCAGGCCCAGCGAGUUCACCGAGGGCCUUUCGGCUCGGCCGGAGCCCUCGACGCCCACCGGUUCCCCUCGUACAGCUCGGCCUUCUCCUCCUCCGGUGAAAGCACCGCCUCCUCUUCCUCCCCUCCCGAGUCCUCUCUCCUCUAUCGACCGGGGCUCGGAUCCGCAGGGAGGGGGCAGGAGAUAUGCAUCCACUGUAUGGAUGGCCAGGUGAUCGCUGCCCUGGUGCCCUGUGGUCAUAACCUCUUCUGUCUCGAUUGUGCCACCCAUAUUUGCCAGGGUCCAGAUGCGGUUUGCCCCGUGUGCCUGUGCCCGGUCACACAGGCCAUUCAGCUCCGCAACAUGUGAUUUUCAACAGGUUUUUUUUUUAAUGGCUGGUUGGGAUUCAGCCUCCGCCAACACUUCCAAUUCAUAACAUCUGUGGGGAAAUUACAAAACUGACCCUGAGUCAGUGUCUAGGCGUGUCCUCACCCUUGUUUUUGUCCAAGCUGGUGUUUGGUUGAGAAAUGUGAGGAAUAAUCGUGAAUUAGGAAUGAUAUGUGUUGAGGUCGUGGGUUCGGGGGAGGUCAGCCCGUUCUUGUGCCUGCUAUUGUGAAGUCUUCUUCCAUUAUUGAUUGAUGAAGGGUCAGAAACCCUCUCUGUAGCAUUGGGUGGGGUGGGAAGGAUAUAUAUAUCAUUUCUUUUUUAUCAUUUACAUUUUCUUCUCCCAGAAGCAUCUAGUUAUCAGUUUCUGACUUAUAUUUAAACAAAACAUUUUAAAUGUACAUUGAGUUCUAUUAGAUGCGUCAUGUUUGCUUUCGGGUCAAAGUUAUUUUAGGUCUACAUCUCAAACGUUUUGUUCAAUAGAAGAAAAUUGCUGCUACAGGUGUUUUUAAGUGCUGAACUAUGGCUCGGCCCGUCUGCCUCAGUUGUCGUGCGUACAGCAAACUUUAAAGAAAAGGAACCGAUGAGCAUGUUUACAAAUGUUGAUUCCCUUGUAUGAAUACAAACAUAGAGUAUUCUCCUGGUUGACAACAAUUUUAAAUGCCUCCCACGGUAAACUGGAUACAUUGUGCAUACACUGCAUUAUUCUAAGUGCUACUCUGUCCCGCAACAUUUUCAUAAAUAUCAUCGGGCUAUUAGCCGACGAGUGCUACUUCAAACGGGAUGCAACGUUUACAUGAAUCAUAAAUCUGAAUUUAGUUUGUGUAUCGCUGAUAUUAACAAACAGCUCGUCGAUGCGCGCGCAGCCCCGCCCCCUCCGAGUGGGUCCGACCUGCACACUGCACAGAUGUUCCACUCCCACGGCAACGUCACGUUGCCUCGGGUUCCUUUCCCUCCCUGACUGGAACCAACACGUGUGUAACGGCUUCUCUUCUGUGCGAGUACCCGUCGCAGGAUGUUACACCACUACAGUAUUUGCCACGUUGCUUUCCAUUUCUACUUUUAUCAAUUGUUUACGGAGAACUUGUGCCUAAUUCCGUUCCGGGUAAACAAAACCGAAACGACUGCUCCGGCAGACGCACAGUGUUGCUCUGUCUUAAAACAAACACGUGGCCUUUUUUUUUUGGGAAGUCUGUAAUUUACUGACGACACUAUCUACCGAUCCAGAGCUUUGCUCCGAGGAACACGCGGCGACAGACGGAGGUCUUAACGCAGUCGCCGAAGUUCGGUCUCUUAAAUGACAUUUUCUUUCUCUUCCAGUUUUUGUUGAGCCUUUUGCAAUUAUUUACCACCGAUUGCAUUAUUAUUUUUUUCCAGCACCAAGCAAUCCCAUUGAGAUUAUUUCUGUUUUCCUUUUUUUGUUUUGUUUAUUUGUUGUUUGGGGAAACCAUGUGCUUAUUUCCAGCUAGAAAGAUAUGCACAGCUCGUCCCUUUGGACCCCCCCCCCCCUCCCAUCGCCCCAUAUAAGUAGGGCUAGUAGUAACAUUUGGUUAGGAGCCAAAAGCGUUGAUUUCGGAUGGAACUAUAUGAUGAAGACGAGCUGUAAUCCGGAGACCUUUCUGCCAUCUCAACCGUCUCCGUUGCACGGCUCCACUCUGGCUGCCUCUUCGCAGCCAUUCCACACCCUUGCAGGCAGCAGACAUAAUAAUUCCAAUGGAUGCAAAACGGAGACGUCGGCCACCCACGUCCCGUCCGCCGGGCCUAUGCAAGAAUCGUCUCGGCGUGUCGACGACUCGAGGAAGCGCAAGAUAAAUGAAGCUCCUCCGGUUUUUAAUGACAGAGCUCAAACUAUCUUGGGCCGGACACGUCGACCGACGCGCCCCUUCUGUUUUUACCAGUGCGUUUCAGGCGCGGCUCUGGGGCAUCGGUGAGCCGCCUCAUCGGCUCGUUUGCUCGCGGCCCGCUGAGCACACUGCCGUCCCCCAUAGCUGAUCACAAUAUUGACACGUCUGGAUUCCAAUAACGGUCUGACUUGUCUCCCCCUGCCCUUUUUUUUUACGUGCAUCUGUCCGUUCCUCCAUCGGUAAAGUGGCGAAGCGGUACAGAUGGUGUAAAUCAUCUCAAAUCUUAGCUUUAAACAUCCCCGUCUCUGGACCUCGUUUUGCCGACCUUGGAUGAGUCGUCGGCCGUGUGGAAGGAGAGGCAGCUGGCCCGGUUUCCUCUCGGACCGUGCCGACACUACAGGAGGUCAAUGGUGUCGCUUUACUUUGUGGACUUUAGUCCGUCUCGCAUUCCAGCUGUGAACAGUGUUUGUUUUUGAGUUAAUCUAAAGCUUUGCAUCUUAAAUAUCGUCUUUUGUGGACGAGUGAGCUUUCACGAGGAAACGGAACCCAAUGAGUCGCAAAAGUGCAACAACAAAAAAACAUGUUCUUCUGCCCCCUCGGGUUUUCUAGCCGUCCUUUUUUGUUUCACUUCUCUCAGCUCUACAAAGACACAGAGCUCUCUCUCUCUCUUUCUUUCUUUCUCUCUGAGGGAACGCAAUACUGUUUAUUGACAUGAAUCCAUUGACAUUUUUGUGUUUAUUUUAUGAUAUUACUUUUAAUGACUGAUGAAUAUACAGAUCUUAUUUUUAUUUUGUUACAUUUCAUAUAUAUACAUAAAUAUAUCUAUAUUAUAAUGUUUACAAUAAGAUUUUUACUUUUUUCUUUUUUCUACUUUUUCUCUGUGAUUAAGUGAAUGAAGAGUUGGAAACCCAGAAAUGUUGCAGGAGGAGUGUCGACGCGAUCUGCUUGUAGUCUAGUUAUUAGUUUACAGUAUUGAUGAUGAUAGUAUUGAUAGCUGCCGUCUAACCAAGUGGAAACUGGAAUGCAUCGCGAGCAUGUCUUCAUAAUGUACCACCAAAUUAAGAACGGUAUACUGUAAAAUGUAUCUUAGAUUAUCUCUAUAUAAAUACAUAUAUUGUUAAGAUGUACCAACAGUUCAAAGUAUUUGCUAAUUUUACUACACUUUUGUUAUGUAUAUGUAGGGGGGAGUCUUAUGGCAUAUAAAUUCUUCAAAUUGAGUCAGGAGUUUAAAAGCAGACUAUAUUUUAUAACGGCCUUUUAAGUUAUUGCGGCCAAAGCACUGAUAUUAUAUAUUUGCUGUAAAGAGAAUUUUAAGAGUUUUAUUUUUCUGAUAUUAAAGUUACUUAAUAAAGACGGUUUCAUUUUAA